CUUCUGUAGCCCCGCCCCUUCUGCCGCUCGUCAGAGUCUGAGCUCGAGCGCGGUCCGGUUCACCGACAGCUGCUGAAACACGCGCGGAUGCACCUGCAGUUACCGAUCAUGGCGCUCGUGCCGUCUCGCUCCAGCGGUGUCUGUGUCCAGCGAUCACCCUCCGUGUGUCUCUGAGAGGAACCAUGCUGUCGGGAAGCUGGCGCCGGGGAACCGUGGUCCCGGGGUCCAGGCUGGGCAGUACUGUGGUUCUAGAAGCUCAGUAUGAUUACUCGUACCGUGCCACCGACGGCCGUCUGGUCUCCAUACACGAGGGCGAGCGCUUUCUGCUGCUGAAGAAGACCAACGCGGACUGGUGGCAGGCGCGGAGGAUCGGGGUCGGAGCAAAGGUCAAACCCAUAUAUGUGCCAGCGACAUACGUCAUUGAGCUGCCGGUCAGCCAGUUCCGCCCCUCGCUGCCCUCCAGCCAAUCAGCAUCAGAGAGCUUCAAGAUGAUCCCACGAGGCUCCCUCACACCCUGUACGCAAACACACGGCUCGGUGCCUGAUAAGCAGUUCUGUCGUUCCAUGGAGAAUCUCAGCUGCAGCAGUGCCUUGAUGGACCACCAUAGAGGACGUUUCCCGACGUUACCCCUCUCCGGUUCCUCCGCUGUGCCCUCGGGUCACCUCUCGGUUCCCUGCGUCCCGAUCGCCCGCAGCCAGAGCUCCAGCAGUCUGCCGCAGAACCCGUACCAGGACCCAGACCCGAGCAAAUCCUACAGCCAGUGGGACGUGAACGCAGCCACACGCAGACACACGCAGACACACAUCCAGAUCUCGUCAUCCGCCUACAUUUCCCAGAAUUCUCUGUCAGAGCAGGGGAAGCGGUGGGCGGAGCCUCCCAAGCCGUUGCCGGGUCAACGACCCCUGCAGACGCUGCAGCUGUGGGAGCAGUACCGUGACCCCGGCACCGGACGCUUUUACUACGUCAACACCGUGACCGAGGAGCGCUCGUGGAAACCUCCACGCAGAGCCCGUGAGAGCCACGCCCACCAAAACAAGGUCGGGGCAGUUCAGCGUGACAUCAGACACCUGUCACUCCCAUUAAAGAACUCAGGAAGCAGCCCAAUGCACAGGCUCUCGCCUGACCUCUCCUACAUUACCCAUAAUGCCAACGGCUGGCAGCUGAGCCAGAGCAUGCAGCACGCUGCGUCAUCUGACGUGCUCAGCUCCGCCUCCAGCAUGUUUGACGACGCCCAUCGCAGGAACUCUGCCUUAGCAGGGGGCGUGGCAUGUGUGAGCCACUCCCACCCCAUGUUCCUGCCCUUACAGCGAGCUUCUGCAAACGGCAAGUCAGAUUACAGACUGGUGACAGAACCUUCUUCAUCUGGGAGCUCACCAGACAGUGAAGGAGUCACACCGGAACUGGAAAAGGCCGGUCUGCUCAACAAAACCAAGAUAGCAGAAGGAGGCAGGAAACUGAGGAAAAACUGGAACCCGUCAUGGGUGGUGCUGGUGGGAAACAGUCUCGUCUUCUUCAAAGACCCCAAAAGCCAGAAUCCUGACAGCUGGAAGCCGGGUAACAGCUGUCCAGAGAGCAGCGUGGAUCUGAGAGGAGCUCAGCUUCAGUGGACCAACGAUCUGUCCAGCAAGAAAAACGUCUUCAAGCUGAGGACGGUUACGGGAAAUGAGUUCUUGCUGCAGUCGGACACAGAGUCACUCAUCAGAGAAUGGUACAGAACCAUCCAGAACGUCAUCCACAGACUGGAUAAGGAGAAUCCUCUGGAUAAUGUGCUGCAGUAUUCUCUGAGGAGAGCCGGAUCGGUCGAGAUGUUGGAUCAGAGCGGAGACGAGGACGAGAAUCGCGCCGGACGCAAGACGUCGCUCCCUCGCUCCGCGUCUAACCUGGAGAACUCGGAGCACAAGCGUGUGAAGAGCCGCUUGAAGAAGCUGAUCCUCCGGAGACCUCCGCUGCAGACGCUGCAGGAGAAAGGACUCAUCAAAGAUCAGGUGUUCGGCUGUGCGCUGGAGCUGCUGUGUGAGCGAGAGAAAAGCGUCGUCCCUCAGUUCGUCAGGAAGUGCACCGAAGCCGUGGAGAGAAGAGGUUUGGAGACUGAUGGGAUUUACAGAGUCAGCGGGAAUCUGGCCGUCAUUCAGAAGCUGCGCUUCGCUGUCAAUCACGAGCGAGCCGUGACCACAGACGGACGCUAUCUCUUCCCUGAGGAUUUAGUUCAAGAGCGUCUGGAUCUGGACGACCCGCAGUGGGAGGACAUCCACGUCAUCACCGGAGCGCUCAAGCUGUUCUUCAGAGAGCUGCCCGAGCCGCUCGUGCCGUACACACUCUUCCACGACGUCGUCGAGACCGUCAAAACCUCGGAGCAGCUGGAGAAGGUGGAGAGACUGAAGCUGCUGGUCCUCAGCAUGCCCCCACCCAACCAACACACCCUACGACACAUGAUCGGACACCUCAGACGGGUGAUGGAGCGCUCCAACAGCAACCGCAUGACCACGCAGAACAUCGGCAUCGUGUUCGGCCCCACACUGAUGCGUCCCGAGAACGAGAGCGGAAACAUGGCCAUUAACAUGGUGUACCAGAACCAGGCCGUGGAGCUGCUGCUGAGCCAAUACCUGCAGAUCUUCGGAGACGAGCAGACGGGAGCUUCCUGAAACCAUCUCAGACUGCAUCAUUACUCCACAAACUCACCCUAGACUGGAUCUCAUGAAAACACCACAGGGUCACGCUUCAGCUCAAUGUCAGAAAUAAUGAUAAAAAAAAUAGAAAUUAUAUUUUGCAUAAAGAAAAUUCAUUUUUAGGAUCAUUAAGAUAACAUCAUAAAUUCUCAAAGCAUCCAGACAUUUUAUCCUGUUUUUUUUUUUUUUUUGGACUACUAAUUCUAGUAAUAAAUAAAAAAAAAUAUAGAAAUUAUAUUUUGCAUAAAGAAAAUACAUUUUUUGGAUCAUUAAGAUAACGCAAUGUCAUUGUUAAUUUAACACUUUUUCAAUAACCCUAUUAUUUUAGAAACAAUUAAACAAAUUUGUAUCAUUAAUUUUGCCAUUAUUAUUUUUAAAAAAAUUUCUUCAACAAGACUAAUUCUCAUAAGUUCUAAAAAUAUAUAUAUUUUACAUAAACAAAAUUAAUUUCUAGCAACAUUAAGAUAACGUUAUGAUAUUACAUGAAUCAAAAUGAAACACAUUUUCACCAUAAAGUCUCAAAGCAUCCAGAUAUUUUGAGUUUUAAAAAUAAUUCCCACCAAAAAAAAUUCUUAAUUCUAAAAAUAUUAAUUAUAUUUUGCAGAAUUUUUAAGUGAACAUUUCUGAUAUUUUUUAAAGACAAUUAAACAAAUUUUCAGCAUAAAUUUUCAAAGCACCAGACAUUUAACAUUUUAUUUUUAUUUAUUUUUUUACUAAUAAUUAUUGUAAAUUCAAUUUUUUCUAUUAUAUUUAGCAGGAAAAAAAAUAUGUUAUUUAAUUCACAAUUAAACCUAAAAAAAAUCUCAAACUUUUUUAUAAAUUUUUUUCUACAGUAAAAAUUCUCUUAUGGUUUUAUACCAUUGCACCACAGGAAUCAUAGUAAAAUUACAAAACAGUAAUAAUAAUACAUUAUAAAUUUAUGGUUUAAUUAAUUAUAAUCUUUAUGCAAAAUUAUAACUUCUUUCUCAUGAUGUUUUUGGGUGACCUGUAAAUGUUCGUGACAGCUUUUGUGAGAUUCGCUCAAGCUUAUUUGCAUCUGUGCGCAUGUGUGUGUGUGUGUGUGUGCGUGUGUGUGUGAUCCAUCUUUCAACUCUUCCGAUUUCAUCCCUAGUGCCUUUGAACUGUUUUUAUCUCAAACGAUUCCCCGCUCAGAGCUCAAAGACAAAAGGCUGUCAAAUAAAGCUGUAAGUGUCACUCAAUAAUCCAACGCUUCAGCCAUUUACUCCUCUUUUAUUGGAGAAAUAAAACUGGAUGCAUUUCUCUCCAAAAUGCGAUGCAAUUUCCUUUCCAUUGUUCAUUGUGUGUGUGUGUGUGUGUGUGUGUGUGUGUGUGUGUGCCAGUCUCAGCGCGGGUGGAGCUCCGCUGCCAUUUCUCCUAAACUCUGCUUUUAAUAACAGAACAAAAGAGGAACUAAAAAUGCAUAUGUUUAAAAAAUGCACCCCCCCCCCACGCCGUGGUUUGGUAAUUUUAUAUGGACUGUGGCUUUGGCUCUCGACUAAAAGAGCCAAGAACCGGGAUCGCUUACACACAUUUUAAUGUUUGAUUUUAUAUAUAUUUAUUCAUUUUUAUGUUCUUAUUAUUUCACUUACACGAGGACCACAAAGAAGGUUUCCAGAGGAGAAGCAGAAGGACUGAUGUUAUAUUCUUCUUCUUCAUUUCUGACAUCAUUCGAAGGCAUGUUGUAUUAUCAACCUUCAAAAGAAUACGCUUGAGGAGAUAUUUCACCCAAAAAUGAUGUUAAUCUGAACUGUGUGUGGUGUGAAUAUCGUGCUGAACUUCUGGUUUUGUGUUCAUUCAGAAGAAGGAGAGAGUAAACCACCAGAGCUUUCAGGUGUAGGUGAACCAGUCUUUUAGAGAGAAACUGGAUUUCGUGAUUCAUUCGGUUUCGUUGUCUGACUCUCCUCAUGUUCUGUGUUUCUGAAAACUCUCCUACACUCAUGAAAUAUUAUAUUUUAAUAUGAGAGCUCUCAGUUUUGAACGAAUGUUUCCUUUUUGUAAUCUGUCUAUGAUGAAGAUGACUAGUCACACGACAUCUGUUCAUCAGAACACAUCUUCUCCCUUUAAACUCUGUGUUUCAGGAUUAUGACAAUAAAAACAGAAAAGAGUUCGGAAA